GGAACGAGCUGGCGAGCGCUGAAGUCGGUUGGACUCAGGAAGGGAAAAGGUGAAGGUCCCGUCGCGGCGAAUAUAAACACGGUUUGGCCCAGCAGUCGCCAGUGACCCUUCAGCCUCCUGCUUGAGAAGAUGUUGGCCAUAGUAGUGUUUGCCGUCGUAGCCGCCGUGCAGGUGGAGUGCGCGCCCAGCCAGCUGUGGCCAGCCGCCCAGAAGCCGUCUUCUUUCGCGCCGACCAAGAAGCCCAUCUUCGGGGCCAAGGAAGCGCCGUCGAAGGUGGACAGCGCCCUAGCCAACCAGCAAGCCUACGAGCAGUUCAUCAACACGUGGCUUCAGCAGGCGAGUCUUACUCUCAACCGGCCGGAUCUCCUGAAGUUCCUGAAGCCGAUCGCACCGGCCGCCGCCGCCCCGACGCCAGCUCCUGCGCCCGCGCCUGCCAUCGGGCAAAGCGUCGUCCCCAGCCUCGCUGAACCAAAGGUCGCUGUCGCGCUGGAGGAGGUCGUCCCGUUGGUGGCUGCUGGAGAGGCGCCCGCUGAGCCAUCUCUGUCCCCUGCCGACGCCUUUGCUGAGGCACAGGACGUCGCUGCCCCUGCCGAAGAUCUGCCCUUCUUCCAGGAUGCGCUGGUGGCUGGCGAAGCCGAGGUGGGCCCCGUCGAGUUGAGUCCAGUGCCCGUCCUGCCCGAGGUUCUCGCUGGGACUCCCGAGCCCGAAGUCGUCCCCGUGGCCGCUGAAGCCGAGGUCGUCCCUGUGGCCGCUGAAGUCGAAGUCGUCCCUGUGGCCGCUGAAGUCGAAGUCGUCCCUGUGGCCGCUGAAGCCGAGGUCGUCCCUGUGGCCGCUGAAGCCGAGGUCGUCCCUGUAGCCGCUGAAGCCGAGGUCGUCCCUGUGGCUGCUGAAGCCGAGGUCGUCCCUGUGGCCGCUGAAGCCGAGGUCGUCCCUGUGGCUGCUGAAGCCGAGGUCCUCCCUGUGGCCGCUGAAGCCGAGGUCGUCCCUGUGAUCGAGUUCAUCCCCGUGGCCGCUGAAGCCGAGACUCAAGGCAUCCCAGUUGAGGCUGAGCCGAGCCCCGUGGCCGUCGAGGCUGAGGUCGUUCUCGAGCCCCUGGUGGCGGCCGAGGCCCUCCCGUCGCUGGCAGAGCUGGACGACAGCGCCGUCCUCCUCGCCACCGAAGCCCCCCUGCCCCUUUUCCCCCUCGUCCCCGAGUCCGUCGCCGAGGAGCCCCGGCAGGAGUCCGCCCCAACAGCCAGGAGUUUCAGCUCCGUGAACCGCGCGCUGGAAGUGUCCCCAGCGGAAGAGCCGACGGCAGUGGCCCAGCCAGCUUCGGCAGUACACCAGGCUGCCCCUGUUACGCACCCUGCCUUCCCCGGCGCCGUCUUCUUCCCCAGCGUGGUCAAGCCUGUCCGUCUGGCCCCUAUGCCGGCGUCCAGCGGGGCCGUGACCACCCAGGGCCUCACCUACACCCUACAGUUCUUCCCGACGCAGGACCGUUCGCACUACUUCGUCUCCACCAGGCUCGGUAGCUGAAAGGGCUCACUGAGAUACCCUUUAGAAGUAAAUGUAGAUUCUAGUCUUCGUUUCCCGUUAAUCUUAUGACAACAAAUAGUUUGGCUCUCUCCUUCUCGUUGCUUAAUCGAAAUUACUACACUUUCCUCUCUGUAUUUUUCUGUAAAUAUCAUUUCGUAUGUAUAUACCAAUUCUUUCUUUAAAAUUUCAGGUCACUGCUCAAGAUAUUUUAUCUUUUUUUUUCAAUCAAAUAAUAUAAAAUCUAUAACAGAUGAACGUAAAAACAUACCUCCUUAAAAUAAUACACAAUAAAGUGUAAAACCUCA